AGAGCGUUACUACGGAAAGGGCAGAAGUCAAGCCUGACAAAAAGGAGACAAUAGGCAACCUUGUUGAAUCAAGAAUACUGAAUUUAAAGAUUAUUUGCUUUGUCUGCCUGAGAAUCCCAAGGACACCGUGUUUUCAGUCCAGGGCCAGUGGGUGUAACCCCCCCCCUCCCCUCUCCGGUUGGUUGACUGAGGUUGUCAAGCUCCCCAACCGUAGCCUACGUUCGGGAAGGGCUGCUCCUCAGAAAACUAGCUGGCUAGCUAGUUUGUAAGCUAGCUUUUCGGUGUUCGUUGAUGCGUGGACUGGAGGGAUACACCGCUUUCCUUUCCGGUCAAUGCCAAAAACAUAAAAACAAACGCAAAUUGAAGCAGAUCAACCAGUUGGAGUAAGGUAAUCGAAGAACCUGAGGAAAAAUGAGUGAACUGGACCAGUUACGUCAAGAGGCAGAGCAGCUCAAAAAUCAGAUCAGAGAUGCCAGGAAAGCAUGUGCAGAUGCCACACUAUCACAGAUCACAGCCAAUAUUGACCCUGUUGGCCGAAUUCAGAUGCGUACAAGACGAACGUUGAGGGGCCACUUGGCUAAAAUCUAUGCCAUGCACUGGGGAACAGAUUCCAGGCUCUUGGUCAGUGCCUCCCAAGAUGGCAAACUCAUUAUUUGGGACAGCUAUACCACAAACAAGGUUCAUGCCAUUCCUCUUCGCUCUUCCUGGGUCAUGACUUGUGCAUAUGCACCUUCAGGAAAUUAUGUGGCCUGUGGAGGUUUAGACAACAUCUGUUCUAUUUACAACCUGAAAACCCGUGAGGGGAAUGUACGUGUGAGCCGUGAGCUCGCUGGACAUACAGGUUACCUGUCCUGUUGUCGCUUUCUUGAUGACAACCAGAUUGUUACAAGCUCUGGAGAUACCACUUGUGCACUUUGGGAUAUUGAGACUGGUCAGCAGACAACCACGUUUGCUGGACACACAGGUGAUGUCAUGAGCUUGUCAUUGGCUCCUGACACAAGGUUAUUUGUCUCUGGUGCUUGUGAUGCCUCUGCUAAACUCUGGGAUGUCCGAGAGGGCAUGUGCAGACAGACAUUUACUGGCCACGAGUCUGACAUUAAUGCCAUCUGUUUCUUCCCUAAUGGCAAUGCAUUUGCCACGGGCUCUGAUGAUGCCACCUGCAGGCUCUUUGAUCUUCGUGCUGAUCAGGAAUUAAUGAUCUACUCUCAUGACAAUAUCAUCUGUGGUAUCACCUCAGUUUCAUUCUCAAAGAGUGGCCGUCUCCUCCUGGCUGGAUAUGAUGACUUCAACUGUAAUGUGUGGGACACACUAAAGGCUGACCGCGCCGGUGUGUUGGCUGGACAUGACAACCGUGUUAGCUGCCUGGGAGUUACUGAUGAUGGUAUGGCAGUUGCAACAGGAUCCUGGGACAGUUUUCUGAAGAUCUGGAAUUGAGGCCUGAAGAUGUUAUUUUAACUCCAAAGUUGACUGGAAGACCAUUACAACUUCAGAAUGUUAUAUUUCACAGCAUCUUCUUCAACACUGUUUAAACUGACUUGGACACCACAAAAACGAAGGGAAACCAAUGCCUUUCCUACACAAAGAAGAGCACAAUUGUUUAUCACCUAGCUAAAAAAGGAUCUCCUGUGGUAUCAAAUCAGAAACUUGUGCAUUCCUUCUUGGACCAUUUUAUGUUACCUUGAAAGAGAAAACAACACUAUCAUCCCAUGCAAAUGUAUGCGUCCUGAAAGCAAAUGUUGGAGUGUAAUUGUACAAAUUAUUUAACUUUUUUUAAGAAUUCUAUUCUGAUGGUUUGUUAUUCUUGAUGGCUUUCUUUUUGUCAUAUUUCUUCAGUGGUUUUAGAUAUGUUUGAAAUUACAGCUUGUCUUUCUAAUCCAAUUAAAUAAUGUAAGAAAGAUGAGAAAACAUGCAGAAGCAAAAGCUUGAUCAGAUUACAUGAGCAGCUUUCGAAAUGUCCAUGAUGUAUUUAUAUACUAGCUGUUUUUGUUUCAUCACAGCUUUUUGCACAUGAAAAAGCUUUGCCUCUCAACUAAUACUAUGUUAACUAACCAAGCACAUGCUAUAAGUUGUUAUGAAUGCUCAUUCCAGUACAGAAGGAGUUAUUAUGAGUAACCUUAACCAGUUAACCCCCUUAAUUCUUGUACAUGCCUUUGACUUUGGGAGGGAAGGGAUGGGGUGGCAGUGUAGGGUACUGAAAUGGUUGGGGCAUGGCUGGAUUUUAUUAUAUGGAUGGGAGGGGGGGCUGUGUUUAGUAUCCACUUUGAGUGAAACACCUCGCCUGACUAAAUAGACACUUCCUUUGCUUGGGACUGCAGUUGCAACUCUGUGAAUGAAAUGUACAAAUCAAUGUCUGAAAAUAAUGGUCUGAUGUUUUAAGUUAAGACAUUUAAUUUUGUCUGCCAUGAGUUAAUUUAGAUGUGCAUGCUGUAGACUUGCUUUCAAUGGUGCAAAAAUCCUAGAUCUGUAUCUUUUUUCCCCCUCAAAAGGAGAGUAUCCUAUUAAUAAAAUUUGACUUGAUAGGAGCCUUUUUUUUGUUUUGUUUUGUUUUGUUUUGUUUUGGUUCAAACUCUGCAUAUGUCAAGUACUAAUACUGGUAAUGCUAUGCACCAGAGUGAGCAGGAAUGGAGAAAGGACUUAAUAUUGACUGCGUACUUAGUGUAAAUUAUGCUUACCAGUUCUAAUGAUGCCAAGUUUUGUAAUAAUUGCAACAAUCAUUGAGAAAUCUAUCCUUCUCGACCAGUCCUCCCUCUUCUUAAAAUCUCCACACUCAAUGGAACAAAAACGUCCUCACAUACUGUCCAUACUAAAACUUUUUGUACAUUUUUUUCUUGGUCUUAAAUUAAAAGUCAGAAAGCAUCUGAAUGGCAGGACAUUUCACUGUAUACAGAAGCACUUUUGUUAAAGUUGUGACAUAUUUUCACUUUUCUUUUUUCUGCAAUGAUGUACAAUAAAUGUGAUGUAUUCGUGUGUGGCCACAAGUGAAAAUGCAAUUCAACUGAGAUGGAUUCCCUUUUCUCUUUCCAUUAAUAUGAUAGAGCUCUGCACCCUUAUGUACCUUUUCACUUUUUGUAUUUUAUUUCAGUCUGUUGGUGUUCCACGGUGAGCUGGAUGCAAGAUAGAUACUGUACUAAAUUGUACUGUUAUUGAACAUGUAAUAAAAAGCUGUUUGAGAUCUUU